AUGAUACAAAAGGUUUCUGGUAGUGGAGAUUUGAUCGAGAAACGAAAUACUGUUCGACGUAACUUCGAUGAGAUUGCUACAAAAGAUCUCACUUCUCUGAGAAAUGUGACGACAAAAGCCGAUCGUUUUCUUUGGCGUUGUGAGCACUCUGACUUCACUCACGAACUGAACGUUACCUACGACGAAGUGACACGAGUUCUCCAAGGAUAUAUUGAGAACGAACGCCAAGGAUCGACCAAACAGUGUUGGCGCAAUGUCAAUAGUGCGGAGAGCUGGAGGAGAUGGUUUUUCAUUGAAUGCAGCUACUGCUUUUGUCUAUGUGAUGAGCCUGGUCCAAAGUCGGAUCGUUAUUUCAAUUUGCGUUCAACUCUUUCGGAUAUUAAGGCCAACAAAGUGGUGACUGGCGUGCGAUUUGUGAAGAAGCAUCGUGUAUUCCAUUUGCAAAUACAGCAGGCGAAAUUCUUGCCCCAUGUCGUCAUCAAUGAAUCAACUGUGGAGUGGAUACCAGUCGAUGAAUAUGAUAUUAAUGAUCCGAGCGUUAAGGAGGGAAUCGAUUUCCACACAUUGAGUUACCAAAGCCGUGCUCUUGACCUCGACGAAGCAUUGAAAACAGCUGAUAGCACAUUUGUGGUAACCGGCGUGCGUUUUCAGCUUUUGGAUCAUCUCAAUCUCAAAGUGCACUUUAGUAAAUUCGAUUUUGUAACGGGCAAAUUAGUCAAUCCGGAGGUGAAUAGCAUUUGGAUAUCGAAGGACAACAUUUACAAUAGGCAGCAAAUAUAUCUCGACAAUGUGGAUGUACAAACGCGAUCUUACAACUAUGCAGAGCCAUUGUCAAAGGAUGAUCAAUAUGUUGAAUUUACCAACACAGGAAUGUUUGAGGAUGCAGCACAAACAACGGUGCCAUUUAUUGAUAUACAAGAUGUCGCCUGCAUUCCGCCAGUUCCUUUGGCUGGCAUCGGCAUCUACCUUGCAGGAAACAAAGGCUAUGGUGGCUUUGUGGCACCCAAGGUCAUUAGCUAUGAUUUAGCUGCUCACCUUUAGUUGAUUACUAAUUAAAUACUUUUGUGUGCACUUCAUCGAUAAUAAUUUCAUAUAAUUUUUUAAUAAACUUUCUUUAAAAUUAGAAAUUUGAUAUUAACAACUUAAGCUAAAACGUU